AUGAAGGCGGAUGUGAGCAACUGGGCCAACGAGGGCACUUCGGCGCACGUUCAUUGCAAGGUUUUCGACCCUCAAGAUAAAGAGUUGACUGUCGGGAGCCUCAACACCAGUGUCACUUUAGCCGCGAAGUCGGCGCAACAAAUUUCAUUCAAGUUCAAGGUUGCCAACCCUCUCACUUGGUGGCCAGCACAGUGGGGCCAACAGCCUCUGUACAAAAUUUCUUGCUACCUGUCGAUAGGAUCCCAGCUUUCAGAUUCCACGCCUAAAGUACGCUUCGGCAUUCGCACUAUUACGUCUACUUUGAACAAAUACAAUGACACCACGUUCUUCGUUAAUGGAAAGCCUUUUCAGGUCAUCGGCGCUGGCUACACCUCAGAUAUCUUCCUUCGUUUCGAUGAGCGCAAACUGCGCGCACAGUUCCAGUACGUACUCGACAUGGGUCUCAACACUGUACGUCUUGAAGGCAAACAAGAACAUCCACGCCUAUACGAACUCGCAGAUGAGAUGGGCAUCAUGAUCAUGGCUGGCUGGGAAUGCUGUGACAAGUGGGAAGGCUGGUCGUACAACGAUGAGGGGUCUGGCGAAAAGUGGGAAGACGCCGACUACGCCAUCGCGAAUAAUUCCAUGCGCCACGAAGCAGAGCUGAUGCAGCACCAUCCGUCACUCCUAGCUUUCCUGGUUGGUUCCGAUUUCUGGCCUGAUGAUCGUGCAGUGCGUAUAUAUGUCGAUGCUCUCCGAGCAUUCGACUGGGACGUUCCCGUUAUAGCCUCGGCAAGCCAGCGAGGGUACCCGUCUAUCUUAGGAAACGGUGGCAUGAAGAUGGAUGGCCCGUAUGACUGGGUACCGCCCAAUUACUGGUACACAGAUCAACUCGGUGCCGCUUUUGGCUUCGGCUCCGAACUGGGCGCUGGCGUAGGCACACCUGAACUCAACUCGUUGACACGCUUCCUCGAUCCCUACGACUGUGCAGAUCUCUGGAAGAAUCCUAAUAAGGGGCUUUAUCACAUGAGCACUAACGUAUCCUCCUUCUACACCCGCGAGAUCUACAACGACGCGCUAUGGGCGCGCUAUGGUGCUCCAACAUCACUUGAGAAUUACCUGCUGAAAGCGCAGUUGAUGGACUACGAAGCCACGCGCGCGGAGUUUGAAGCGUAUGCUGCGAAGUGGACUGCCGAACAGCCUGCUACAGGGCUGAUAUACUGGAUGUUGAACAACGCGUGGCCCUCAUUACACUGGAAUCUCUUCGAUUACUACCUGCAUCCCGGUGGCUCGUAUUUCGGCACCAAAGUUGGUAGUCGCCAGCAGCAUAUAGCCUACGACUACCUCGCGCGUUCUGUCUACCUGAUCAACCGCUCCCUGUCGUCCCUUGGUCCUUGUACCGUCGAUGUUGAAUUGCUCGAUCUCAAUGGUACAACGAUCAGCAAUACUACGACGACCACUCAACUCUCACCAAACAACAGCACUCAGCUGUUCGAGGUUGAGAAUAUCGAUAAGAUCAGGGAUGUAGCCUUAUUGAAACUAGUACUCAAGAGAGAGGAGAAGGUCCUCUCAAGAAAUAUAUACCACCUCACACCCGAACCCGACACCCUCGACUUCGACAACUCGACUUGGUACCAUACCCCCGUGACUAGAUACGCUGAUUUCCGCGCCCUCGGAAAGCUACCUCAGGCUGAUUUGUCGGCCAAGGCCUUCGUAACGAAGGUCAACCCCAACGAAAUCAGUGCCAGGAUCACGCUACAGAAUAGAGCCAAUAUACCGGCCGUGUUUGUUCGGCUGAAUUUAGUGCAAACAAAGCAUGACCCGUAUUCAUAUCAAGAAGGACUCAUAGAAGUCACACCAGUCAAGUGGAGCGAUAAUUACGUCACUCUGUGGCCGGAGGAAGUCUUGGAGUUGGAAGUCGACUUUCCAUCCAGCAAUGGCAUAGGGUCGGACUGGGCGACGAUAGUGGAGAUCGAGGGGCUGAAUGUGGGGAAGCAGAAGAUCGGAGUCAGUAUCAGGGCUGGUGGAAAGGAGGAGUAG